AUUAUUAUUAUUAUUAUUAUCAUCCCUCCAUUGUUUGUAACGUCAGGCUUGUGUGAUCACACAGAGAAGGAGUUUGGCCCCCAGUCAGGUCGCCAAACGGAAGCAAGGGGAGGAUGAUCAUCGAGACGAAAUAUAGUAUAUUAACCACGAGCGGUUCUCGAGAGAAGAUGAAUGGAGAAAAUUGGGACAGUGAUGAAGAAGUCCAAGUUCCAUGGCCACUCAACAAAGCAGGAGGAAGGAAGCAGUCACAAACCAAAUACGUGGCAAGAAUUCUGAGAUUUGGUGAAGACACACGUGAACUGACGCCAUAUUUGAAAGCCGCUCAGGAUGGCAAGGAUGUACCCCUUACUGGUGAUUUGGAAUAUGGCAGAGGCAAGAGAAACAAACAGCCAAAGUCUUGGUCAUCAGACAGUGAGAGCAAGGAUGAAAGUGUUGAGGAGACUCUAUCUGACAGACAGCAGAAGAAAAAGAGGAAAGUAAGCCGUACAGCUGUGGGAUAUGAUGCUCGGGCACAAUUGAAGGCCCAACUUGCUGCUCUGGGAAGAACUUCACCGAAAGAUACAUGUACAGAAAUGGAAUCCCUGAAGAAGGAAGUCCUCCAGUUGAGAGAGGAAAACAAAUCCCUUCGAGAUGCAUUGAGGGUUGUUGAAGGACUUCCUGGCCUGCUAAUGAAGAUGGACGACUUAUCACGUCAGGCAACAAUACUAUCAGCUCGACGUCCUGCUGUCGCUCUGCCAGAGAGGAGCUGGCCAACAGCAGCUUGACAGGAAAAAAAUCCAAUGCUUUUAAGGAUAAGCAUGAGAAACCAAAACUGGAUGACAAGAAAGUGUCUGCUAUUAUUGAUUUUGUGAAGAAGCUCCAUCCCUCAAGUGAAGCAAAUGUGAUAAAGAAAAUCAUUGGAGUGAAACUGAACAUUGCGCAGAAAAUGGAAAAAAAGAAGGCCUCAGAAACAAAUUCUGCUGGACGUCUAGCCGUCUCUAACAGUCGGGGAAGCGCGGUGAUCAUGUUGAUUUAUGCUGCUGACAUUUAUUUAUUACGUCAAGAUUUGAGUUACAUGUAUAUAAUAAAUACAAGUCAACAUUCAUUCAACUGCAAUAUUUGUCUUUCUCCAUUGCCAGUGUUAGACCACAGAUUUUGUAGAAUGCCUGCCCAAUCAUUUCUACAUCAUUCUGAACCGUAUUCCACAGAAAGCCAUUCCAUAGGAGCCUGUUCUAUAGAACUACUCUUUAGAA